AUGUCGGCUGCUCGGUGCCCCCGCAUCAUCACCGGAGCGUCCCUCCUCGCCGCGGGCUGGCUGUACAGGCUGCUCCACUGUCCCCCCGAAGCUGCACAGGGCGCUGAAGGUGUGGGAUACACCGCAGAGGACGGUCGCUCCGGAGCCCAGGCGGCAAACGAGGUCCGGCGCAGGGGGAGGACUGGAGAGCUGGAUCCGGUCUAUCCAAAACGGCUGGUACUGAGGGGCGAGGUCAAAAAUGUCUCUGUUCUAGGUGAGCAGGUGGCAGUGUUCAGACGAGGCCAGGAUGGGAAGGCCUAUGUGGUGGAUGCCUACUGCCCUCACCUGGGCGCCAACCUGGCUGUAGCAGGACGGGUGGUGGGAAGCUGCAUCGAGUGCCCAUUUCAUGGAUGGCAGUUUUGUGGGAACGAUUGCAAGUGUGUGAGGAUCCCCUGUGCAGAAAAGGUGCCAGAGUUUGCCAGGGUGCGCUGCUGGCCCAGCUGCGAGGUCAACGGCCAGAUCCUGGUUUGGUUUCACUGUGAUGGUGAAGAUCCUCAGCAGACCAACCCAGAGCAGAAGGAGAUUACAACAGAACAUUUUAUCAACACGCACAUAGAGGAGAUUCCUGGAAAUGCAGCAGACAUCGCGCACCUCGCUCAUCUGCACAGCCCGGGCAUCGUCAGCCGUGUAGAUCUACACUACACCAACAGCAAAAUCUGGGAAUUUUUGCGACAUGACUGGAAGGUUCAAUGGGAACCAGAGUCAGAGCCCAACAAGCAUUGUUCUCAGAUGUUGGUGAAACACGCUCUAGCAGUGUUUGGACACCAGUGACCUCUGCUGGAAGGUCAAGUUGUGGCCAGACAGGUACAUAUUGCCAUAUAUGAAUAUACAGGCCGGGGUGUAAUCAUGCACUGUGUGACUCCAGUGGAGCCUCUGCUGCAGUGUGUCUCUCACACUAUCCUCUAUCAGUCUAAUAAUCCCCCUAUGGUGCCCAAAUUCAUCCUCAGAGCGGAGUGCAUUCAGUUUGAGCGAGAGGUGAUGAUCUGGAACAUUAAGAGGUAUAUCUCCAAGCCUCUUCUCGUGAGGGAAGAUCCAGCCAUCCAGAAGCACAGGCGCUGGUUCAGUCAGUUUUACAGUGAGAACAGCCCGCGGCUGCAAUACCAGCGCCACACUUUAGACUUUUGA